UUGAAGGAAGGAAAGAUGGCGGCAGCGGCGGCGGCUGGUGCGGCCUCUGGGCUGCCUGGUCCAGUGGCACAAGGAUUGAAGGAGGCGCUGGUGGAUACGCUCACCGGGAUCCUGUCCCCAGUGCAGGAGGUGCGGGCGGCUGCCGAGGAACAGAUUAAGGUGCUGGAGGUGACGGAGGAAUUUGGUGUUCACUUGGCAGAGCUGACCGUAGAUCCCCAGGGGGCAUUGGCAAUCCGUCAGCUGGCAUCAGUCAUUUUGAAGCAAUAUGUGGAGACUCACUGGUGUGCACAGUCAGAGAAGUUUAGGCCUCCUGAAACUACAGAAAGGGCAAAAAUUGUUAUCCGGGAGCUGUUGCCCAACGGGUUGAGAGAAUCAAUAAGCAAGGUGCGCUCCAGCGUGGCCUAUGCAGUGUCAGCCAUUGCCCACUGGGACUGGCCAGAAGCCUGGCCCCAACUCUUCAACCUGCUCAUGGAGAUGUUGGUGAGCGGAGACUUAAAUGCAGUCCAUGGAGCCAUGCGAGUGCUGACAGAAUUUACUCGAGAAGUGACAGACACACAGAUGCCACUUGUUGCUCCUGUCAUUCUUCCAGAGAUGUAUAAGAUCUUCACCAUGGCCGAGGUGUAUGGUAUUCGAACCCGCUCCCGAGCUGUAGAGAUUUUUACCACUUGUGCCCAUAUGAUCUGUAACAUGGAGGAACUGGAAAAGGGUGCAGCCAAAGUCCUGAUCUUUCCUGUGGUGCAGCAGUUCACAGAGGCCUUUGUUCAGGCCCUCCAGAUACCGGAUGGCCCCACAUCUGACAGUGGGUUUAAGAUGGAGGUCCUAAAGGCAGUGACAGCUUUGGUGAAAAACUUCCCAAAGCACAUGGUUUCCUCCAUGCAACAGAUUCUGCCAAUUGUUUGGAACACCCUAACUGAGAGUGCAGCUUUUUAUGUGAGGACCGAAGUAAAUUACACAGAGGAAGUAGAAGAUCCUGUGGAUUCUGAUGGUGAAGUCCUAGGCUUUGAGAAUCUUGUCUUUAGCAUUUUUGAAUUUGUCCACACCCUACUAGAAAACAGCAAAUUCAAAAGCACUGUGAAGAAAGCCUUGCCUGAGUUGAUAUACUAUAUUAUCCUGUACAUGCAAAUCACUGAGGAGCAGAUUAAGGUAUGGACAGCCAACCCCCAACAAUUUGUGGAAGAUGAAGAUGAUGAUACUUUUUCCUAUACUGUUAGGAUUGCAGCUCAAGACCUGUUGCUGGCUGUGGCCACAGAUUUCCAGAAUGAGAGUGCAGCAGCCCUGGCUGCAGCAGCCACCCGGCAUUUACAAGAAGCUGAGCAAACCAAAAACAGUGGCACUGAGCACUGGUGGAAGAUCCAUGAGGCAUGCAUGCUUGCUCUAGGCUCAGUGAAGUCCAUCAUCACUGACAAUGUGAAAAAUGGCAGGAUCCAUUUUGACAUGCAUGGAUUCCUAACCAAUGUCAUCCUUGCAGACCUCAACCUCUCAGUGUCUCCUUUCCUCUUGGGCCGGGCACUGUGGGCUGCCAGUCGGUUCACUGUUGCUAUGUCCCCUGAACUGAUCCAGCAGUUCCUACAGGCAACAGUUAGUGGUCUUCAUGAGACACAACCCCCAUCAGUUCGAAUUUCUGCUGUGAGAGCCAUCUGGGGUUAUUGUGACCAGCUGAAAGUCUCAGAGAGUACUCAUGUUCUUCAGCCCUUCCUUCCCAGCAUCCUUGAUGGCUUAAUUCACCUAGCAGCCCAGUUCAGCUCAGAGGUCCUCAACUUGGUGAUGGAGACCCUGUGUAUCGUUUGUACAGUAGAUCCAGAAUUCACAGCAAGCAUGGAAAGCAAAAUCUGUCCCUUCACCAUCGCCAUUUUCCUCAAGUACAGUAAUGAUCCUGUUGUCGCAUCGCUGGCUCAGGACAUCUUCAAGGAGCUGUCCCAGAUCGAAGCCUGUCAGGGCCCAAUGCAGAUGAGGCUGAUUCCUACUCUAGUCAGCAUAAUGCAGGCUCCAGCAGACAAGAUUCCUGCAGGACUCUGUGCGACAGCCAUUGAUAUCCUGACUACAGUAGUACGGAAUACAAAGCCUCCCCUUUCCCAGCUCCUCAUCUGCCAGGCUUUCCCUGCUGUGGCACAGUGCACCCUUCACACAGAUGACAAUGCCACCAUGCAGAAUGGUGGAGAAUGCCUGCGGGCCUAUGUGUCAGUGACACUGGAGCAGGUAGCCCAGUGGCACGAUGAGCAGGGCCACAAUGGACUGUGGUACGUGAUGCAAGUGGUGAGCCAGCUCCUGGACCCCCGCACCUCAGAGUUCACUGCAGCAUUUGUGGGCCGCCUCGUCUCCACCCUCAUCUCCAAGGCAGGGCGGGAGUUGGGGGAGAAUCUGGACCAGAUUCUUCGUGCCAUCCUAAGUAAAAUGCAGCAGGCAGAAACACUCAGUGUCAUGCAGUCUCUGAUCAUGGUGUUCGCUCACCUGGUGCACACUCAGCUGGAGCCGCUGUUGGAGUUCCUGUGCAGUCUCCCAGGACCUACCGGUAAACCUGCCCUGGAGUUUGUGAUGGCUGAGUGGACAAGCAGACAGCAUCUGUUCUAUGGUCAAUACGAAGGCAAAGUCAGCUCUGUGGCGCUCUGUAAACUGCUCCAGCAUGGCAUUAAUGCAGAUGACAAACGGCUACAGGAUAUCCGCGUGAAGGGAGAGGAAAUCUACAGCAUGGAUGAGGGCAUCCGUACUCGCUCUAAGUCAGCCAAAAACCCUGAACGCUGGACAAACAUUCCUUUGCUGGUCAAGAUCCUAAAACUGAUCAUCAAUGAGCUCUCCAAUGUCAUGGAGGCCAAUGCUGCUCGCCAGGCCACUCCUGCAGAGUGGAAUCAAGAUGACUCCAAUGAUAUGUGGGAGGACCAGGAGGAAGAAGAGGAGGAGGAGGAUGGCUUAGCUGGCCAACUCUUAUCUGACAUUCUUGCUACAAGUAAAUAUGAGGAGGAUUACUACGAGGAUGAUGAGGAAGAUGACCCCGAUGCCCUGAAGGAUCCUCUCUAUCAGAUUGAUCUGCAGGCAUAUCUCACGGACUUCCUGUGCCAGUUUGCUCAGCAGCCCUGCUACAUAAUGUUCUCAGGGCACCUUAAUGACAACGAAAGGAGGGUUCUACAGACCAUCGGCAUCUAAAAAGGGGAGCCUUUCCACAUUUGUUCCUCCUUCUGGCCCAGCCCUCACUUGAGAUGCACUUUCUUCUCAACCUAGAGCGACUUCCUGACCUUUGGCCCUUGGCCUCUCCAGGAUGAUACUGACUACAUACAACUUGGACCGAGCUCACCAGCACUGUCACUUAGGAAUGCUGGAACAAAGGACACUUUCCAAAAUCCCCCUGAAGACAUCCCAUCUCAAGAAACUUUUUUCUCCCCAACUUGCCCCCAGCUCUGUUCCUAGAGUCUUCUGCUGGCCAGUCCAGAAACAUUAUUGCCCAGAAGGAUUAUGUGUUCAUGGAUCAUUUUGCCCCUCCUCAGGAGCAGAGGAAGUCAUGACCAUUUAUAUUCUAAAACAGACCUGUCUCAUUUCAUAGGACAUCUGAUGUGUUCAGAUAGGAAUCCCCUUGAGAGAGAAUUAUGCUUUCUGCCCCUGACCUCUGAUGCUCUGGGUUCUCAAUAGGAACGAGAGGGAGCAGCUACAUUCUAAGCCCUUUCCAAUGAACUCCCCUCCCCACUUCCUUUCUACAACACUAAGGCUCUCCUGUCAAAGGACAUCAUCUUGUUUUUGCCUCACUGCAUGAUACAAACCAACCCCUUCCCCAAGCUGUUCCUACACACAACACACACACACAAAAAUUAAGUCAGACAGAUGGCAAUUUGGUUUCCCUUUUAAGAAGAAAAAAUUAGAGAUUUUUUUUUUUAAAUCCACCUCUCCCAACCAUAUUUAGUAUGUCCCUCCCACACAUUACCACACUCAAAGGUUGUUUCCUCUCCUCAGGAAUCACCCAAAGUGGUUAAGUUGUAGCCUUCAAAUUUGCAAUGUGUAUUUUUCUAGGACAGUAAAGUAAUCUUUACAGAUUAAAUUAGUCCAUUUGUAAUGGACUAUACCAUUAGUCCAAUGGUACAGGGUGUCUCAAGCACCUCUUUGCCUUGAUUCCUUUUAGAUGGAAAGUAGAGGGGAAAAGGGAUUAGGUCAAGCCCAUUUAGAAACUAGUGUGGCUAACCUAGCUGAAAAUGAUUGUUGGAGAACUGUUAUUGUUAAAUCAAGUAUUUUUAAGGGAAGUUCCUUAAUUGAGAAAUUUAGUCUGUUGUGGGUUCAAAGUGAAUGAGGAUUAAGAAAAUAAGGGCAAGAAGGUAGACAAGUCCAGCAUUUCCUUUUUUUGAUAGUGCCCACAUCUGGUGCCCCAUUUUUAAUAACCAGAGUAUUCCUUUAGGUUGGUAGUCUAACAGAAGAAGUGAGAUAUAAAAUGAACUUGAAUCUUCAUACUUUAUUGCUAGGCCCCACUGUGGACAUUUACCCUAUAAGACUGUUACAGAAGUCCAAGGAGUUUGUAGCUAAUAAUGACUUUGUGCCACUAAGUGUCCCUGGUGUUCAAGCCCCAAAAUGGCAGGGAGGAAUGUCAGUCUGAAAAGCUGAGGGCAUGCAGUGUUCAGGGUGUGUCUGCUACCCGCUGAGAUUCAGUGGCUAGCAUUGCCUCCCCCGCUGCUUCAGUCUCCUGAGUCUGGGCAAGUUGCUUAUGUUGGGGAGAUGAUGGCAGAUCUAGCAAUGUGUUGUUCAGGAAGAACCAUAGUCUGGAGAUUCACUAUUUAGUUGUUGACUUCAAGGCAGUGCCAUUAGAGUCCAGUGCUGAAGGUAACAGACCAUUCUUCAAGGCCGAGCUAGCCUCUGAUUUUGGCACAAAAUAAUGGUCCUAUGCCAGCAGCAUUGAAAGGGUUAGGACUCCUAGACAUAGAUGGAGAAUGACAUGGGCCCCUUUUGAGCCUCCUAUGGAAAAAGAGUUGUCUGUAUUUAGUGCCAAAAAUAGUUCUAAGUCCUUUGGCAGGGAUCCUCUCUUCCUGCUCUCCUCAUGAUAGUUUUUGAGGAAAACUGGGCUUCCUGCCUUAGGAGAACUCGAGUCCUGAAGGAAAAGGCCCUGAUAUCAUUUGAGGGGCCACUCUUCCCCACCUGAUGUACAGGUAUGGAUGAGAGUGGAGGGUCUUAGACCAUUUACCUUGGGGGUGCUAUUAUCCCCAUUCUGUUGAGGAAGAGAGUUCAAAGAGACUGUACAAUGUCAGCACAGGAAGAAGAGGUGAAUCUGCUUGGGGCCUAUGGUGUUGAACCUGAGCCCCUAUUUUGUCUCUGUUUUGGGCCAGAAAAUUAGCUCCAGUCUAAAAGGGGCGGAGCUAACAGUGGUUAGAAGGAGGUUAAUAAGUGGGGCAAGUGCAAGACAAAGAGAGUACUGGGCUGCUCUGAGGUAACUUCAGGUCUCCUGACCCUGGUAAUAGCAGCUAGGACACCAAGGACUUUCCAGGAGUUUGCUGAGCUCUCAGUGAUCUUAGAGAAUUGAAGGGAAAAUGGAAGAGAAACUAGGAAAUUUAGAAAAGAGGCAGAAAUCCAAGAAGGGAAGAAAUCAUUAGUCACAGACCAGUGAAUGACCGUAUAGGGAAGUAUAAACCUACAACGAAUGAAUCACAAGCAAAUAAGAAUUUUUUAAAACAAGAAAAGUGAUCACGGGUUUAAUAGAUGUUUGUUACGACCUUAAAAGCAAAUGAUGCCAAACUGGCCUCAUGGUCUUCUUUACUUUUUUUAAUUAACAAACUAGAUCAGGAAAGUAAUCUGGACACUGUAAAGUUACAAAGCAUUAGGGAGCUGUCCACUAACUGCCAAAUUGCAAAUAUCCCAUUUUGGGGGACAGUUUCUGAUGGUGUGCCCCGGGGCUCUUUCUGAUGGUAUGCCUGUGCUUUGAUAUUAAUGACUGAUGAGUUAUUUUAUUCCUUGCUCAUUCCAAAAAGAGUCUGAGGCCAUUUACAAAAGAAAUGUUACUGGGUAAGGGAAGAAUACUAAUCAAAAUUUUAGAUAACAGCAGACCCCAGGGAAGGAAGACAGAAGUUAAGUCCAAAUUUAGGAUUUCUCUACAAGCUAUAAAAUAGGCAGAAUCUAUCUGUAAGUUUGUUUCAAUAAAAAUGAAUUGGCAAGAAUAUUUUUUAAAAGUAGGAGAAUUCUCUAAUAAUCCUGUGUGCCAAUAGUAAGUGUUUAUUAUAUGUCAGGAACUGUUCAUGUGUCUUCAGAAAUAAAUAGUGUGGUCCUAGGCUGGGAUAGAAUAUUCUGUUGUCCAGAAUAGUGUGGAAAUUCAUUUCAGUCUUGCUGUGACAGUCAGCAAUCCUAGAGUUUUGUGUUCCAAUCUGGUCCUCAGCCAAGAGGCUCCCUGACAGCUAGGGAGUCUGUCUGCAAGAGAAAAACAAAGAUGCAGAGAGACCUAAAUUGUGUUAAGUGAAAGACUGAAGUAGAUGAGAUUGCUUAGCUUAGAGAAGAUUCAGGGGAAACAGGACACUGCUUUGGAAAAGUCAAAAGUUUGUCCAGUGAAAGAAAUAUUACACUUUGUCACCAUUCAGGCAGACUUAUGACCAAUAAGUAGAUUUUUUUUUUUUUAGGCCUGAUUUCUGGCCAUUAGAUGAUUCUAUUUUGUUUCAGCAAACAUUAAAUGUCUUUUAUUGGCAAGGCCUGUGCCAGGUGCUCAAGACAGAAAAAUAAGUAAGGCUUGGCCCCUUCCCUCAAGAAGCUAGUUUAUUAUGGGAUUAGAAGUAAAACAAUAGUGCAAUAAAUGUGAGGAGUGCUGUGAGAAAUAAGUACUGGGUUCAGUCACCACUGCCCAAAGAGAAUGGUUAAUGGUAACUUGGGGAAAGAAGUCAAGUAAGAUUGCCUUUAAAAGGUGAUCCUUGAACUGAGCUCUUGCAAGGUGGUUGUUAACAAUAACUGCUAAGGCUUGAAGGGCACUUACUAAAUGCCAAUGGCUGUUCUAAAUACUUUUACUUGAAUUAUCUCAUUUAGACCACCUAAUAACCCUAUACAAUAGGUACUUUUGUUUACCCCAUUUUACAGACUGUUAAAACUGAGGCCCAGAGAUAAGAAGUUACCUGCAGGACGUCACAGAGCAAAUGGAUUCCAAUCCAAGGAGCCUGUACUUUUUACCAAUUCUAUGUCUUGCCUCCCUAAUGUAUUUGCUAGGUAGGACAUUCCAGAGAAAAGUAUUCAAGAAAAGACCAUUAUGAAACUGAAUGGCAUUUUCAUUGUUUAGAAGCAGGUUAAAAUUAUUGGAAUUUAUGGUUUAAGGGGAUCUCAACCAGAAAUAAAGCUGGAAGGACAAGUGAGGGCCAAAUGGUCAAGGGUCUUACAAGGCCUGCUUCCUGUAGGGACUGGGAGAUCAUUCUAGGAUUUUAAGAAGAGAAGUGACAUGAUCAAGUUUGCAUUUUAGAAAGCAUUCUGGUAUCAAUAAAAAUACAUGAAGGAAUGGAAGACUUGAUAGGAGUGCAGUCUGGCAGGAGCUACAACAGUCCAGGUGAGAGACUGAAAACUUAGACUAAGCUGUUAAUGACAAGGGAUGGAAAAAACAGGUGAAUGGAAUGUUGAUGAGGUAAUCAAUAGGAAUCAAUAGCUGAUAAUGACAGCUGGUGGAGUGAAUUGUGUUGCAGGGAGUUUUUCCCCAAUGGCAGUGCCCAGCGAUUGGAUGUUUAAAUGACAGUCAUAUCUAUCAUGGAAAAAUCCCCCAUUCUCACUGGGCUUACACUGAUCUUAACCAUACUUUCACAGGAUUCCACUAGCAAAGCUGCCAAAAGUAAUCUGUUAAUAAAAUAGCCAAAAGUAUGAAUUAUUUAUCUUCUCUGAUGGAUUGGUGCAGGUUCAACAUUAGCCAUCUAAAUAAGAACCCUCACAUUUAGAUUUUUUUUUUUUUUUUUAAGGAGGCAAGAAAAGGAUGAAUUUGCUGGUUUCCUAAAAUUGCAAAUUACACUAGGUCUUUUAGACCUGUGUGGUAUAUAUGAUUUUAAGCAAAUGCACUGCAAGAAGAAAAAUGAGGAACCACUGGUCUGAGUAGAAGUCUUAAGAAGUCUUCAAACCUUGAGUUGCUGUAACUUGGCAAGAUUAAUGUACCUGGACAGUGAGGCAGCUGGGGCAAGUGACAUAUAUAUCCCCUCUGUGCCUUGGUUUUCCUCAUCUGUAAAAUGGGGAUCUAAUACCUACCUCACAGGGUUAUGGUUAGAAUUAAAGAUUACUUAUUUAAAGCACUUCAAAUGGUAAAAGCAUGUUCUCCCUCUCCACCCCAUAACUGGGAGCUCCAUUUGGCUCAUUCUCCCUGACUCACUGGAUUAGAUGUGACUCAAUUCAGUUUCACAGAUGCUGCUGCUAAAUUAGGGUCUUGGUGAGCCCUUGGGAAAACAGCUCUGUGAAGAAAGCACUGUGGCCCUGAAGUGCUGCCCUGGAGAACAGAGGAUAGAAGCAGGUGGUGGCCCCAGCUCCUGCCCUGUACCUGCCAAGCAGAUUUUUUCUAUUUACUUGCUUGGUAUUAUAAAUUUCUUGUAUAUUAAUUUGCUUGCCCUAAACUUUUUCCCUCCACUUAUUCCAAGGACAUAGCCAAAUCCUUUGCAUUUCCUUUCCUUGGUUGUUUUUUGCAGGGUGGAAAGCAGAAUUGCUUACUUAGGACAGCCAUGACUCUGGAUCCUAUGGUGAAAGCUUGAGUGAACUUAGAUUAGGCCCAGGGUCCUGGAGAAAGAGGGUUUCUCUGAAGACAAGUAGGGGACAGAAGUCUUUGGGGCCUCGGAGCAGAGAGAAACCUGUCCUGAGCUGGGCAGAGCACCUGGAGAUGAAACCACUUUCUAGGGAGAUAGUUGCAUGGAGUCCCUGGGGUGACCAGACCCUCAGCACUAAAGCUCCUGGGAAAGGUUCCUGUGCCUGAGGCACAUAGGCCAAAACUGCUGGGUCUGUGGGCAUUUAUCAGUGUGGACCAAGGCCUAGAAGACACCCCAGUGUUUUGCACUGUAUGAGACCCCAGCACCUUUUCAUGAUCUUGGAAGGGGGAGUAAAACAAACAGACUGAAUUUCCCACCAGCUGGCAGGAUUGAGACUCAGAGUCUGAUCUAAUUUGAUUUUCUUAAAAAUAAAUGUGGCAUGUCUUCCA